UUAAGCGCAGCUGUGGCUUCAAGGUAGGCGCAAUAUUUAAACUUUGUUCUACAAAAUAUCGAAUUUAUCCGCAAGAUAACAAUUAACAGUUCUUAUCAGAGUUAAAUAUUUUCCAACAGCUACAUUUUUUAAAUUUCUGUUAAUUCACACGGCACCUGCGCUUUCACUAUGUUUGCCUCCCUGGUUACCAUGGAAACUUUCCUACGUUUCCAAACAAAUAUUUUGCAUUGCCAUUAAAGUAUUACUCAGGAAAGUUUGAUACCACAUUUAACAGCCAAAAUGCAGCAAGAUGAUGGACCGGAAAAAACUCAACAGCUGCAGAGCUUCCAAUCGGAUGACUUGUUGGAAAAACUGAAAUUACUCAACUACGAAAAACAUUUGCUUAAAGAGUUCAAGCUAAAGCCCCUGUCGCGGUUCUACUUUGUGAAGGCCACCAAUCCGGGGGAGCAGUUCUACAUGUUCACCCUGAUCUGCUGGUGGCUCUGCAAGAAGCUCGGCAAGGACAUGGAGCGACCCCAGGAAUACGAUGAUCCGAAUACGGUCGCUGCUAACAUCAUUCAAAUGCUGGAAGAGAUCGAUGUCCCUGUGGACUUUCCGCCCAAUAAACUGAUUCGUGGUGCAGGACCCAUCUGCCUCAAUGUCCUGGACAUACUCUCCACGCAGGCCUGCAAAGUGGCCAAAGUGGGAUAUCAGCGUGUUCAGAAAAUGCAAGAGGAGGAGUUCCUGGGUGACUAUCUGGAGGACAAUGCCGAAAUCAUACUGGAAAAGCUAGAGGACGAACAGAACGCCGCCGGCCUCAGUGACGACAGCGACCUGGAGCUGGAGGCCCACAAUUUCAGACAACUAAACUGGCUAAAUCGCCCCCAGAAGAAGUCCAUCGGCGAUGUGGCCCUCGACGAGCAGGCCCAAGAUCUUGACGCCCGUCUCAGCGACCACCAGGAGUGGCGCCUCGAACUCGAGCGCGUGCUGCCGCAUCUGAAGGUCUUCGUAAAGGCGGACGCUCGCGAUUGGCGCACCCACCUCACCCAGAUGGAUGCAUUCAAGUCCAGCAUAAACGAGUCCUCGGAGACCACACAGGCGCAGCUGAAGAAGCUGCACAGCGAGUUCACCUUCAGCCUGGAGAAGGUGGAGAGCCGCGAGAAGCAUCUGAACAACGAGCUGCAGCCCCUGAUCCAACAGUUCAAGGAGCUCUCCAUUGAGCUAUCCACCAUCCAGUAUGCGCAAAACCAGGUGCAGGCGGACUCUGAGAAGCAGUUGGCGCAGUUGAAUGAGGUGAUGCUGGAGCAGGAGCUCAAGAAGGAGGAAAUGGAACGACGCGGCCAGGUCAUGUCCGAUGGAAGUUCCGUGCAGCAGAUCAAGAAAUCGAUCGUCAAACUAAAGGAGGACAUUGCGCAACUGAAUCUGGAGGUGGCCCUCCUGGUGCAUGCCCACGAUCAGGAAACAGUGGUGCGCCAGACCCAGAGCCUGGCCGGUGACCAGGCAAACAACUGAUAAAAUGAUAAUGCGGCUGCUUAGCGUACUCUAACCAUACAAUCCAUACAGUCCAUACUUUCCUUACACAAAAAACCCCGUCCUGGAGCCUGGCUUAGGUAUUUUUCACACCUUGGGAAUGGGUGUGUGCGGCGCUGCUCUCGUUUGCGUUCGAUCUGGCCAGCGAUUAGUGAUCCAUUGUAAGAGAGAGAGAGAGAGAGGGAUAGAGAGUGGUAGAGGGGGUGGGACCACCAGCGAUGCACCGCCCGAGAAUCGUUCGGGGACUGUGUUUAAUUUGAUUGCCGCGCGCUGAUAAGUAUCGUAAUUGGUUGCAAAGGCCAAUAGGGCGGUCAAUUAUCACCUCUUUGUUAUCUGCUCCUUCAACAAAUAUACGCAUGCGCAUGCGCGCGAGAUCCUUUACGAUCAAAGAUAACGGUGAGGUGAGAGUGAGCAAGGGAGAGCUAGUUGUUGCACUAUCGUCCAUUGCGCACGUACUACUUGACAGAGAACCGCCGCCGCCGCCGCUGUCGAGAGCCUUGGAAACCCGGAAUCCAGAAGGGAAGGUGUUGCCUGCCCCGCACGCGCAUCCUUUGUUUGCCCACUCGCACUGAUAAGCCGCCUGUAUGGACACAGUGUGUACAGUGGUACUGGGACACUGUGUACAGUGUGUACAGUGGGAUGCUUGGAGAGUGCGGGGUUUGGCCCGCAACUUGUUGUGAUUUUCGCUGCGGCCUGCCAGAGGUAGGUGCUAAAAGGUUUUUCCCUAAACGGCAACACACAAAUGGGAAAACAAGCGGAGGUUGCAGGAUUUUCCCAGCCAAAAUACAAAAUUGUAUUUCGAUACAGUGAAAGCUUCCUUGAAGUGGAACAAGAGGAUCCUGGCUAGCCGUUGUCAUCUGCUAAAGCAGGAUUUUCCAACAUUCUAGAAUCCAGUCUUUAAAGAUCAGG